UUUUCUUUUUUUUUUACCCUCAUGGAGAUUAGAGUAUGAGUCUCCUAAAGUUGGGGAAAACAAAGUGAAAGCAGGAUAGACUACAUUUCAGCACCUCCACAAUUGUGUUUGACUGUGAAAGACUGGUAAAGAGAAGUAAUGACAGCUACAGAGCCACAGGGACCCCCACAGAGGGUAAAACCUUACAGGGUCACAGGCCUCUUCAACAGUAUCAAGUUCUUUGUGCUGUGCCAUGGAAUGCUGCAGCUUGCCCAGCUGUUGGUGUCUGGCUAUCUGAAGGGCUCCAUAUCCACCAUAGAGAGAAGAUAUGGCCUUUCUAGUCAAAAGUCUGGAGUAUUUGCAUCUUUCAAUGAGGUGGGAAACACUGUGUUCAUUGUGUUUGUGAGCUUUUUUGGAAGCCGUGUACACAGACCCAGAUGCAUUGGGAUUGGAGCAAUGAUAGCAAGUAUGGCUGCGUUUCUCAUAGCGCUGCCUCACUUCAUCAGUGGAAAAUAUGAAUACACAGAAGAUGUAAGCGGCUCAGAUGAAAAUACCUCUGGUCUUUGCCAGAGAGAAGGCUUUCUGCAGGCAUCCAAUCAGACAUGCUCAAAAAAUGAGGGCCAUGCCAACCAUGCAGUGUUUCCCAUACUCCUCCUGGGCCAACUGCUAUUGGGCAUCGGUGGUGUUCCUAUACAACCCUUUGGGAUUUCCUACAUAGAUGACUAUGCAAAUAAAAAGAACUCACCAAUCUAUCUUGGAAUACUGUUUGCAUUAACUGUGAUUGGACCAGCACUUGGAUACUUGAUGGCGUCGUUUCUGCUCCGUUACUAUGUUGACUUCAACAUAUUACUUGGUGAACUUCCCCUAAAGAGAGAUGACCCCAGGUGGGUUGGAGCUUGGUGGCUGGGCUUUCUUCUAGCUGGAACCUUCCUCUUCCUUACAUCCCUGCCGUACCUGUUUUUCCCUAGAAGCAUGACUACACAGGAAUCUACAGAGACCCCUGUGGAGCCCACACCAGAGAAACUAAAACUAGAGAAGGAAGCUGAGCCGGAUACAACACAUGAACUUUCUCUCAUCCAAUUCCUCAAAAAAUUUCCGCAAAUCGUGCUGAGAACUCUGAGGAACCCCAUCUACCUUCUGGUGGUGCUGGCCCAGGUGAACUUAGCAGCCAUGGUUGCUGGCUUGGCUACAUUCAUGCCCAAAUUCAUUGAGAGACAGUUCACACGAACAGCCUCCUUCUCCAACAUCAUGAUUGGUGGUUUCAGUAUUCCCUCGGCAAUGCUGGGCAUCAUGGCAGGAGGCAUGAUCCUGCGCAGGCAGAAUCUGUCUGUAAGGGCCUCUGCAGCCAUGUGCAGCACCGCUGUGCUGUUGGCUAUCAUUUUCGCUCUGCCACUUCUCUUCCUUGGCUGUUCGACACAGAAGAUUGCUGGGAUCUACCCUUUCAGUCAAGAUGGUUCCCAGCAGUGCAGUCUGAAUUGUUCCUGCUCUAAUGAAGCCUUCAAUCCUGUUUGUGGUUCUAACAACGUGGAGUUCCUAUCUCCUUGUCAUGCAGGCUGCAGACAGAGAAUCACAAAAAACGGAACCAUUUUGAACUACACAGACUGCAGCUGUGUGAGGUCAGACAUUUAUCCAGGUCAUGCAGUACCAGGAUCAUGUAAGAACGGCUGCUCUGAUCUAUUAAUUCCCUUCAUGAUCCUGUCCUCCCUUACGUGCUUCUUAGCCUCCCUCUCCCAGACUCCAUCCUUCAUGAUGAUUCUCAGGACUGUGACACCAGAGGACAAAUCCUUUGCUCUGGGAAUCCAGUUCAUGCUCUUCAGAGUGCUUGCAUUUCUUCCUGCUCCUGUCCUGUAUGGAAGUGCCAUUGAUUCUACCUGCAUUCUGUGGGGCAAAAAGUGCGAGAAGAGGACCUCAUGCAACUACUACAACUUAGACCUCUUCAGACAACGAUUCUUGGGACUCCAGACUUUUUUCGUGGUUGGUGGCCUGAUGUUUUUCUUUCUGUCCUAUGUGGUUCUGAAGCGAGCCGAUUCAGCCCAGCAGCAGCAAGCCAAACAAAUGAACAUCAUGGAGAAAGGAGGGGAUAAAAAGGAAACAAAACAGCUUAUAAACCAAUCAAAUGUAAAAUGUGAGAAACAAAGCGCUGUGUGAGCUGUAGCUUUAGAAUUCAUCUUUUGUAAACAACAGGUCUUUAGGGGCAUCUACGGUCUGAUUGACAUGGCGUUUUUAUGAAACAGGCCAUUCCAAAAUGUGAGGACUGCUCUAAGACUACUGUAAGUAGCCAACAUAGAUUAUAUUCUACAUUAUAUUUGAAUCCCGCAAAUGUGGAAGCAUGUAGCCACUCCCAUAAUGUGCACUGCACGUGCUACUAUUGUGUUGAUAGUACACUGUGUCUGCAUCUGUGAAUAACACUGAACCAGCAGCAAAUUCACACUAUGAAGUCAUCACGUCCUUCCUUAUUCUGAGGUGUGAAGCUGAGUCAUGUGGUUUGGAAUACCUGUUUUAAUGUUUUUGUAUUUGCCUUUGUUUUAGAAUCAGCAAAAUGAAAGGAUGUUUGGUUGGAGUACGUGUAUAAAACAGAAAGGGCAUUAAUAAGGCAACUGUGAUGUUAUUUCCUAUAGGGAAUAUAUAUUCCAUGCUAGGAAUGUGACAUUGUUGGUUUUCUCUUUCUCUUUUGAAAAAUGUAACCUUUCUUUUUUACCUUAUACACUGAACUAUAUUUGAAUGCUUCUCUAUAAUUUGCAUUGUAUAGCAACAGUUUACAACUAAACUGUUUUUUUAUAUUCUUUUUUAUACAUAUACUUUUUUUAACAUGUGAAAUAUGUUUUUGAUCAUUUCCUGUUAAGCAUGACCAAAGAUUCAGAAACACAUACAUGCACCAAUCAACUGGAAAAAGCUAGUUAACUGUACAUUAAGUCAGUACCAUUUGUCAGCAGAAAAUCAGCUGCUGAAAUACAAUUGCAUUUUCAGGAAUAUUAUCAGAAUAUUUCAUUUUCAAGGCAUCUCAAGUUAUGAACUGGUUGAAAGCUCAGCUUCCAAACAGAAAGCCAUACCUAGUAACCAAAUCAAACAAAUAGGGAGACAGCUUCUAUGCAGAAUUAAGGGUGCAUCCAGUAGCAAGAUAUCAUGAUUGUAUUUGCUGGUGGACAUUUUGUCUGUGUCAUUAACCAUGUAUGCUUCUAUGAAAGUUUUGUAUAAUCUUGAAUGAAAGCCAUUUAUUACACAGCUUUUGAUAACA